UUUUUUUCUACAAAGAACAACUUUAUGAAUUAUAUUGAAACAGGCAAGUUGUUAUUUCUUGUUGAAUGAAUCUAAUUCAAAUGAUAGACCAUUAUUCUCGGACCAGUAUUCAAGAUGAUAUGCCUAUUUUAUUAAGAUCAUCUACAUCUUCUUCUUCAGAACCAUCUACUCCACAGCCACAAGAAUCACCUUGUUCUAGUCCUUGUAAACAAACGAUUGAUUAUGACUACAAGAUUGAUAAGCAAGAAGAUGAUCAUAUUACACAAACUACUCAGAAAUUUGACUUGUUUGACAUUAGCAGUAAUACUCGACAUCGGACAUCACUUGUGUCUAUCAAUGCACCACCCAUAUACACUAUUUCCAGAUACUUGCCUCAGAACCAAGCUAUCAUUACAACGCAAGAUAAUUGGCGUAUCAGUUUAUCAAACCAUAUCGCUAAUCUUAUGUUUUCUGGCGUGACUAAAAAAGAAGACACUCAUUCUUUUAUUGGCAAGCUUAUCUUAGAUUAUAUCGAUAUCAAUCAUCGCCCUAUUCUUUUAAACAAAAUUGUAAAGAGAAGAGAAGAUUUACCUCGUCAGACCAGUACAAAUGGCAAUGUAUUGAUAUGUGGGGAUGCUAUACCUAUCCUAAAGCAAGAUGGAACUCGGUCCUUGGCUUCUCUUUGGCUUAAAGAAAAGAAAAGUGAAAAUGGAUCCUCUAUUUUUAUUUGGAUUUUUGAAGAAGUAUUUCAAAGUUCCAUUAAGAUUCGCUUGGAUAAUCAAAAUAUUAUCCAAUCAUUUGAUAGCAGUGAACAUGUCAUUCAAGAAUUACUCGGCUAUUCUUUUGCAGAGCUGAUUCAUCAACCUAUUCAGCAAUUCAUACCUUAUUUUGAUGCAGCACACAAAUUCUUUGGUUGUCGCACAAAGCUAAACGCAAAAUUUCCUGCUAUGCUAAACCAUAUUCAACCCAACAUGAUUCGUGUUACAUCCAUGCCAACUCUUUCCAGUCUUGUGAUUGUCGAUCGCUACAGUGGCAUGAUUCAAUCUUGCGAUUCUACUACGUUUAGUAAACACUUGUUUGGCUAUGAACAACUAUCACAUAUGUUCUUAUCCAAAUUGUUGCCUUCGUUUCCAACACUCAUGGCAUGUCUUGAAAGAGACCAGCUAUUACAACAUGAUUUUGUCUUGAACCAUUCUGUCUGUAGAGAUGUCUUAAAAAAUGCCACUAAACAAGACACAAUCACAGCUUUGCAUCGAGAUGGGACUCUGUUUGAGAUUGAAAUCCAAAUUGAAUUAUCGUCUGAUAACCACAAAUUAUGUGCCGUCUGGAUAACGUUUGACCGAGACACAGUCCUUCAACGACAUGGACAUGUCUUAUAUCAAGGAAGUAGUAAAAAACAAGAAGGUUCUGAAUAUGAAGCCACCAUGCCAAAUGUGAUUCGAUCCAAAUCUAUUAAUUUACCUACAUUUCAAGCUGCUCAAAAGAAAGCAACUCGUAUGAUUGUGCCUACUUUACAUACACCUACACUCUUACAACAACAACAACAACAGCAACAACAACAAGAACCACAGACACCAGCCAACAAGAUUAGUCGUUUCUCUCGUCCUUCUUUCUCAAGGCAUUCCACACAUGGACUUAUUUCAAAGACAUCUCUGUGGCCUCAGUUAGGUGAAUAUUCUGCUCAAACACAAAAAAUCUCGAUUCAUGAUUAUGAAAUUUUGGAUGAACUCGGUCAAGGUGCUUAUGGUUUUGUUAAACUGGCUUAUUUGAAAUCAGAUCCUGAAAAGAAACGGGUGGUCAUCAAAUACGUGAUUAAGUCUCGUAUUCUUGUCGAUUGUUGGACUCGCGAUCGUAAACUUGGACUUAUUCCAGCUGAAAUUCAUGUGUUACAUACACUUCGUAAAAUUCCACAUAUCAAUUGCAGUGAAAUGCUGGACUAUUUUGAAGACGAUGAUAAUUAUUAUGUGGUCAUGGACCUUUAUGGUGCAGGCAUGGACUUGUUUGAUUAUAUUGAAUACAAGGAAGGCGGAAUGACAGAAUCCGAAAUACGCACUAUUUUUCGACAAGUCAUUGCUGCCGUCAGUCAUUUACACAGUCAUCGGAUUGUACAUAGAGAUAUCAAAGAUGAAAAUGUGAUUUUGGACUUGAAGGGCGGUGUUCGUUUGAUCGACUUUGGUAGUGCAGCUUAUGUAAAAGAAGGCAAACAAUAUGAGACCUUUGUAGGUACAUUGGACUAUGCAGCACCAGAGAUCUUGAAUGGAAAGACCUAUACUGGGCCACCACAAGAUAUUUGGGCUUGUGGCACAUUGCUGUAUACACUUAUUUACCGAGAAAACCCAUUCUAUAACAUUGAUGAAAUCAUGCAACGCGAAUUAAGAAUACCCUUUAUUUUAUCAGAAGGUACAUAUUCAAAAAUACGAUAUGCAACUCAUAUUUUAAUAGAAUCUGUGGACCUUAUACGUAAAAUGUUGGAUCGAGAUGUUGAGAGUCGAUUGACUGUAGAGCAAGUAUUGGCACAUCCUUGGUUCCAAAUGAAUUAG